CCACUGUUCAAAAAAGUUAGUUGUACCAAAGAAAUUUUUUCGAAUAGAAAUUUUUCUCUUUUUUCAAUUAUGAACGAUAUCGUAUAAGGAUCUUUUAUAUAUUCGUAUUAGUUUGAGAUAUAAUAAUAAUAGUCAUAAUGUCAGUGUUACGUCAAGCAAUCAGACCAGCAUUAAGGUUGUCCACCAGAAGAAUUGUCCCAACCGUGGCUGUUCGUUAUAAUUCUAGUGCUAGUAGUGAAGCUGCUGCCCCAGUUGAUCCAAAGAUUUCAACUAUUGUUGAUCAAAUUUCAAAAUUAACUUUAUUGGAAACUUCAGCUUUAGUGACUGAAUUAAAGGAAAGAUUGAAUAUCCCAGAUAUCUCCUUACCAUCUGGAGGAGCUGCUCCAGCUGCUCCAGCUGCUCCAGUUGAAGAAGAAGUUAAAGAAGUUGUGGAAGAAAAAACCAUAUUUUCAAUUAAAUUAGAAUCAUUCGAUCCAAAAUCAAAACCAAAGAUCAUUAAAGAAGUUAAAGGUUUAUUAGGAUUAUCCUUAGUUGAUGCUAAGAAAUUUGUAGAAUCUGCUCCAAAAGUAUUAAAAGAAAAUGUUGCUAAAGAAGAUGCUGAUAAAAUUAAAGCUACCUUAGAAGGUUUAGGUGGUAAAGUUUCUUUAGAAUAGAUGUUAGAUUCAAAUUCAAUUUCAAUUUCAAUUUCAAUUUUCCCAUUUAAUUACAUAUCAUCUCCAUUUCAUUAUCAUAUUGACUUUUGAUAUUAAUCAUAAUUCAUUCAUUGUUAUUAUAGUUAAUAUUCAUUCAUGUUAACCUCCUGUAUAUAUACGUUUCCUUUUUAAUAUCACAUAUAAAAGAAGAUAAACUU